AUGAGCGAGAAGCAUGUCGCGUUUGUUCUUAGGGUAGCCACGACGCAAAUGACAAAAAAAGACGACAAUCUCAUGACUCGUCGCACUACAAUGGGCAUCUUGAAAGCCCGUAAAUUCGGCUAUCUCAAUUCUAUGCCUAGAUACCUCUCCACCAGAUGGAAAUUUGAAACUUUCCAUGGCAUCUAA